UCGCUGUGCUCUGCUCACAACCAGACGACAGCACAGGCCCAGUCGAACCUACAGGAAACGUCCAGUGGCCGUUGUGAACUUACACAACUUGUCGACCAUGUACACGCUAUUAGCGACAGCAUGGCUGCUGGCGGCCUCAGAAUACGCGGGAGCAAUGGCUGUCUCAACGGAUUCCGUAACAACGCCGCCAAACAUCGUCUUCAUCGUGGCUGAUGACCUGGGCUGGAAUGACGUUAGUUUCCAUGGCUCCGACCAGAUUCCUACGCCCAACAUCGACGCCUUGGCAUACCACGGCGUCAUCCUCAACGGUCAUUACGUGCAGCCUGUGUGUACGCCUUCGAGAUCAGCUCUCAUGACUGGGAAGUACCCUAUUCGCACAGGCAUGCAGGGGCAGCCCAUUUCUCCGGCUCAGCUUCGCGCGCUGCCGGAGGGCAAGAUCCUGCCGCAGUACCUCAAGGACCUGGGCUACGUGACCAGAGCUGUGGGCAAGUGGCACCUCGGCCACCACUCGAAGAAGUACACGCCAACGUACCGAGGGUUCGACUCUCACCUCGGCUACUGGAGUGGCCUGGUUGGCUACUAUGACUUCAUAAUCCAAUCUGGAAACAUGAGCGGCUACGACAUGCGCGACAACAUGCGGACGGCGUGGGAGUACUCUGGCCGCUACGUGACGGACGUGUUCACGGAGGAGGCGGAGAGGCUGAUAGCUGAGCACGACACUCGGAGGCCGCUCUUCCUCUACGUGGCGCACCUCGGCUGCCACGCUGGAGUGGCCGCCAAGUGGCUGGACGCUCCGCAGCAGGUGGUGAACGCUUUCGGCCACGUCUCGGACCCCAACCGCCGCCUCUACGCAGCUGUGAUGUCAAAGGUGGACGAGUCGGUUGGACGUGUGGCGGCGGCGCUGCAGCAGCGCGGCAUGCUGGAGAACUCCAUCAUCGUCUUCAUUGCUGACAAUGGAGCCCCUUCGUCAGGCCAGUACAACAACUGGGGCUCCAACUAUCCACUGAGAGGGAUUAAGAACACCCUGUGGGAAGGCGGAGUGAGAGGCGUCGCUGCAGUCUGGAGCCCGCUGCUGGAGAACACGCCCAGGGUGUCCAACCAGCUGAUGCACAUCACCGACUGGCUGCCCACGCUCUACGCAGCAGCAGGAGGCAAUGCAUCUUCCCUUCCGGAGGACCUGGACGGCGUGAAUGCGUGGCCUCAGCUGGUGACUGGCUUCGGAUCUCCGCGGUCGGAACUGCUGAUCAACGUCGACGAAGUGGUUGGCAACGCCGCCAUACGACUAGACGAUUGGAAGCUCGUCAGAGGCCGGCAGAACAGCGCUUCCGACACGGGCUACCAGGGGUCGACUGGCCGCGAGGACGCCGGCUACACCCCGGUCUUCACUCCAGAGCAGGUGCUGUCCAGCGCCGCGGGCCGGGCCAUCUCCAGCGCGCUGGGCAACUCCACUCCAGCCGAGGUGAUGGUGAGGCUCCGCGCAGAGGCCACCGUCUCCUGUGCUGACCGCCCCCAGCAGCCGCGGUGCGCUGUCGUCAACGGCAGCGACGUCUGCGUCUUCAACGUCAGCCGCGACCCGUGCGAGGCUGGCGACGGCGCGGCCUCCGAGGCGGUGCUCUCCAUGCUGCUGGAGCGCCUGGAGGCGCUGUCGCAGCCGAUGCUGCCCCAGCAGGACUCGACCACGUACCCCGGCCUGGCCGACCCCCGGCGCUGGAAUAACACCUGGGUGCCCUGGACCGACUGCCUCGUCGACGCGACGGACGAGGGCUGCAACGCUGUCGCAAACACUGCGAGGUGCCGGGACAAGCAGUGUAUUUAACACUAAAUUCUUCUAGAAUCUCCAUAUGUAAAUGAUGCUCUAAGCCCCCCCUAUUCCAACUCCGACUUUUGCUGUUGCACAUGGAUUAAAAAAUAUACGCGAACUGACUGUAAUCAACCCUGCAAGUGGAGUAGAAAAGAG